AUGUGGUUAGUGGCGAUCUUCCUGCCGGGCUGCGCCGUUUGCCUAUCCAGCAGCUUCUUUGAUCUGCAGGUGAACGUCACGUACACCAACGCCGCCUUCUCCUCACACGAAGCCGCAAAUAGGCAGCAGUGCGCCACGCGCUGCGACCGUCUGGAGCCCGAAUACUGCGACGGCUUCCGCUCGUGCGGCCCCGAGCUCCGCGCGGUGUGUGAGGCCCCCCAGUCGGCGCGUCUGCCGCGCGGCUGUCCCCCCACCUGGCUGGAGAUUGACACCUACUGCUACCUGGCGGUGUCGCAGGCGCUGACCUUCCACCAGGCGGACCAGCACUGCGGCCAGCUGGCGGGUGGCGCCAGACUGGGCCACCCGCAUGGGCCGGGCGUCCACACCAUCCUGGAAGCCUACGCUUCGCGAGUGGGCAUCUCAGGCAACUUCUGGGUGGGCGUCCGCGAUGAGGCUUCUGAGGGCACCUGGCAGUCUAUGGACGGGUCGGCUUGGCACUUCGCCUGGAGCCCCGUGCACUACCAGCCGAACGGAGGCACCAGUGAGAACUGCGUCACACUGGAUGCCGAGCUGGGUG